AUGGCAACUAAUGACCAUUUUUCUCUUCCAUUAAGGACUGCCCACCGUGUGGUCCUGGGUGCAUUUGACCGCUCCUCCACAUCUGAGCAAAUCCAGACCAAGAGUAUCAGCAAGGUCUUCAGCUCCAGUUACAACUCCCAGACCUUCGUCAAUGACAUCACCUUGAUCAAGCUGGCCACACCCGCCACCUUCAACAUCCGCGUGUCUCCCGUGUGUCUUGCUGCUUCCUCUGAUGUCUUCAAUGGAGGAGAAUUGUGCAUCACCUCCGGAUGGGGAUACACCAAUGCUGCCACAAAAACCCUCCCAGCUAAGCUCCAGCAGGCAACUCUUCCCAUCGUGAGCAACGCUGAUUGCCAGAGAGCCUGGGGGUCCAAAGUUCAGGCCUCCAUGAUCUGUGCCGGGGCCUCUAAUGUCUCCAGCUGCAUGGGUGACUCUGGUGGACCCCUCGUGUGCCUGAGGAACGGAGCCUGGAACCUGGCUGGUAUCGUGUCCUGGGGCAGCGCAUCCUGCAAUUUAUUCUACCCUGUCGUCUACACUCGUGUCAGUAGUUUCAGGACCUGGGUGGACCAGAUUAUUGCCAAAAACUAA